GCAUGGCCGCCAGCGAAAUUCAGCAUGAGCGCUCUGGUGAGGUCCCCCGUGGGGCCGCUGUGCGCCGCGGCGCGCGCAGUCAUUCCCUCUAUUCGGAGAGGGAAAUACUUCAGCUCCGGGAAUGAGCCGGCAGAAAACCCGGUGACACCGAUGUUGCGGCACCUUAUGUACAAAAUAAAGUCUACUGGCCCCAUCACUGUGGCGGAGUACAUGAAGGAGGUGUUGACCAACCCAGCCAAGGGAUAUUAUGUGUACCGCGACAUGCUGGGAGAAAAAGGAGAUUUCAUUACUUCACCUGAAAUAAGUCAGAUCUUUGGGGAGUUACUGGGGAUAUGGUUCAUUAGUGAAUGGAUGGCCACUGGGAAAAGCAUAGCUUUCCAGCUUGUGGAGCUGGGCCCAGGGAAGGGUACCCUCGUGGGAGAUAUUUUGAGGGUGUUCAGUCAGCUUGGAUCUGUACUGAAAAACUGUGACAUUUCAAUACAUCUGGUAGAGGUGAGCCAAAAAUUAAGUGAGAUUCAAGCAUUGACACUGACGGAAGAGAAGGUCCCAUUAGAGCGGAAUGCUGGAUCCCCAGUGUAUAUGAAAGGUGUCACUAAGUCUGGGAUUCCAAUUUCCUGGUACCGAGAUCUGCAAGAUGUUCCAAAAGGGUACAGCUUUUAUCUUGCACAUGAAUUUUUUGAUGUUCUUCCUGUGCAUAAGUUUCAGAAAACACCCCAAGGGUGGCGAGAAGUAUUCAUUGAUGUUGAUCCACAAGUUUCUGAUAAACUGAGGUUUGUUUUGGCGCCCUGUGCCACCCCAGCAGCAGCUUUCAUACAACAUGACGAAACAAGGGAUCAUGUUGAAGUGUCUCCUGACGCUGGUGUUAUCAUUCAGGAACUUUCUCAACGCAUUGCACUAACUGGAGGUGCUGCACUGAUUGCUGAUUACGGUCAUGAUGGAACAAAGACAGAUACCCUCAGAGGGUUUUGUGGCCACAAGCUUCAUGAUGUCUUAAUUGCCCCAGGAACAGCAGAUUUAACAGCUGACGUGGACUUCAGUUAUUUGCGAAGAAUGGCACAGGGAAAAGUAGCCUCUCUGGGCCCAAUAAAACAGCAAACAUUUUUAAAAAAUAUGGGUAUUGAUGUCCGGCUAAAGGUUCUUUUAGAUAAAUCAGAUGAGCCAUCAAUGAGGCAGCAGUUACUUCAUGGAUAUGAUAUGUUAAUGAAUCCUGAGAAGAUGGGAGAAAGAUUUAACUUUUUUGCCUUGCUACCUCAUCAGAGACUUCAUGGUGGAAGGCAUCAAAUGAAUGCAUGUCAGUCAAAACCCUCCGCAUUCCCUGUGGCUGGGUUUAGUGAACUUGCCUGGCAGUGAUAUUUCAGCUUGGACUUUUUACCUCUCAGUCUGCCUAAGAAAUCAAAAUAAAGGGAACACAUUUCAUAUA